CCCACCUCUUUCAGUCUUUUGUUAAAAAAUUAAAAAAAAAAAAAAAACAGUUUUGAUCCAUUUUAUCACCGAAAACAAAAUCAUCCUCAAAACCCUAAGCUUCAAAAGCUUUCAGAUCUUUCUAGGGUUUUCUCGAUUUUGUUCUUAAUUUGUCAAAUUUUUAAUUUUUAUGGACGAGUGUUGUAUCCUGCGAAGAAGCUGAUCCCUUUUUCUCGCCUCAUGGAUUCUGACUCGCCGAGAGCUUCUCUUGAGUCGGUUAAGGAUGAUUCUGAAUGUGCUCAUGUUUCCAACGAACCUAAUCUCGAGGGAACGUGCGUUUUUGGUGAUUCGUCUGUUGGUGGCGAAGGAGUUAGGGAUGUGAAUUCGUCCGCCGCUGCGUCGGAGCUCGUGCCUCCGGAGCCUGUCUCGGCGGAUGGGAAUGGAGAAGGUGCGGGUUUGAAUUCCGUACCUGAGAUCAGUGAUGUGGUUGAAGGGGGAGCUCCUGUUGAUGUCGUCGUUUCCUCGGAGCUGUCUCCAGUGGUAGGUGGAGGAGGAGAAGAAAUUGCAGCUUUUGAUGUUCAGGAGAUGGAUUCGGUUGGUGGUGAAGCUACGGCGGUGGAACUUUCUUCGGUGGUUGCUGAAGGAGGAGAUGAGGAAGGUGCGGCUUCAAUCGUCAAAAGAGGGGAUUUUUCGGCUGAAGGUAGUGAUUCACAAGGUAAUUUUGCAGGAGAUAGGCUUGAGGAAAACAAAGAAGUUUCCAUGGAAGAAGAACCUCCAUCACAUGAGCUUUCAGGUUAUGAGGUAAACGGAGUUGAUUCUCUGAAUGCUGAGGUAAAGAGAGAGGAAGGUGCACAGGUAGUUUGUGGAGGCGUUGCUGGUGAGGAUAGUAGUCAGGUGAUAGAGAGUGAGUUAGGGGAGAAUACAGAGUCCGAAAAGGAAAAGGUAGAUUUGAUGGAGGAGGAAACUGCAGCGCAAGCUGCCUCCUUGGUUAAUGACAUAGAAAUUCCUGAUGAUAAAGAGGUAGCUUGCGUCGCUGGGUUUACGGAAAUUCCCUCUCAAGAUACUGUGUUAGAUGAUUCAGUAGGGAACUCAGGAAGUGAAUUUGUAGAGGAAGAGCCUGUGAAAGAGGAGUUACAAAUAGGGGAAGGAGCUAAGGAUCUGACAGAUGGAGAUGCAAAAGAAGGUGUGGAUGGCAUAGACGAUGCAAUGGACAUACAGGUAUUGAAGAAAUCAGAGGAGGAAGAAAAGCUUGAUGGUGCUGCUGUAUCGGAGAUUGAAACUAAUCCCCAAGAGGUGGAUGAUGUGGCUACGGUGGUGUCUGAAAAAACUGCGGUUCCAGCGGAUAUAUCAUCAGCUGUUGUUACUCAGUUUGCUGGGGAAACAAGUAAUGAUAAGGAAAUUAUAAAGAAUGAUGUUAAAGAAGAUGCUGAGAACGAUUCAGAAGCUGAUAUGUCACUGGAAAUACAUGUACCAGAGGCUGCAGAAGAAGUAGAAACAGAUGUUAAGUAUGGUGAUGGGAUAGAGAAAGAAGGCGAUGGGUUAGGUGGUGCGGGAAAAGCAGGUCAGACAGUUGAUUUGGACGAAUCUCGAGAAGAAAACCAAGAACUAUCUCAGGAAGUGGCUAAAGUAGAUGAAACGAAGAUUUCUGAAGUGUCAGAAGAAACAGAGCCAAUGAUUGGAGAUGCGGAUAAGGAGAAAGAUGACGACAUGACUGAUUUGGCAGAGGAUGUGGAAACCCAUGGAGACUCCUCAGUAGCUGAUAUUGAGCAGGGAAGGGAAGAUCAUGAAGAUAUGGGACUUACAGAGAUGACAGAGACACAGGAGGAGACUGCUAUGGGUAAAGUAGACGGAACAAAUAUUGCUGAAGUGUCAGAAGAAACAGAGACAAGGAUUGAAGAUAGGGGUCAGGGGAAAGAUGAUGUGAUGACUGAUGUGGCGGAGGAUGUGGUAACACAUGGAGACUCCUCACUAGCUGAUAUUGAAGAGGGGAAGAAAAAUCAUGAAGAUAUUACAGAGACACAGGAGGAAAGUGUUACGGCUGCCUCAGGUGAUGAAGAUCCUGAGGAUGUUGAUGAAGAAACUAAGAGUGCUGGAGGAAAGAGGAAGCGGGGGAGAAAUACAAAGACAGUAAAAGGGACGGGAAAGAAGAAAGAAGAAGAUGUUUGUUUCAUGUGCUUUGAUGGGGGUGAUCUUGUCCUUUGUGACCGCAGGGGAUGCCCAAAAGCUUACCACCCAUCCUGUGUAGAUCGAGAUGAGGCUUUCUUCCAGUCAAAGGGUAAAUGGAACUGUGGAUGGCACCUGUGUAGCAAAUGUGAAAAAGCUGCAACCUACUUGUGUUGUACAUGCAUGUUUUCAUUAUGCAAGGGCUGCGCCAAGGAUGCUGUCUUCUUUUGCAUCAGAGGUAAUAAGGGUUUGUGUGAGACAUGCAUGGAGACAGUCAAGUUGAUAGAAAGAAAAGAGCAAGAAAAGGAGCCGGCGCAGUUAGAUUUUGAUGACAAGACCAGCUGGGAAUAUCUCUUUAAGGAUUACUGGAUUGAUUUGAAAACCCAGCUAUCUUUAAGUCCGGAGGAACUUGAUCAGGCUAAGAGCCCACGGAAGGGACAUGAGUCCAAUGCUAGCAAACAGGGAACAGCCAGCGAGGCUGACUAUGUUACAGAUGGAGGAUCAGAUUCAGAUAGUUCUCCAAAAAAGAGGAAGACAAGGAGUCGAUCAAAGUCUGGUUCACCAGCCAAUAAGAAUUUUUCAGGUGAAGAGUGGGCUUCCAAGGAACUUUUGGAUGUGAUCGUGCAUAUGAGACGUGGUGACAGAUCUUUCGUACCUGAGUCAGAAGUACAGAAUCUCCUGCUGGCCUAUAUAAAAAGAUACAAUCUUCGUGAUCCUCGUCGUAAGAGCCAGGUUAUCUGUGACUCCAGGCUUCAGAAUUUGUUCGGAAAAUCACAUGUUGGGCACUUUGAGAUGUUAAAUCUCCUUGAUUCUCAUUUGCUUAAAAAAGAGCAAAAUCAGUCGGAUGAUAUUCAAAGUGACAUUGCUGAUACAGAAGAGCCCAAUCAUGUGGAUGUUGAUGAAAACUCUGACCAUCCAAUGAAAAGUGGGAAGGAUAAGAAACGUAAAACACGCAAAAAAAGUGUCAGGAAAGGACGUCAAUCUAAUCUUGAUGAUUUUGCUGCUGUUGAUUUGCACAACAUUAAUUUGAUAUACUUAAGGCGGAGCUUGGUGGAAGAUCUACUUGAAGAUUCUGCAGCCUUUGAAGAAAAAGUUGCUAGUGCAUUUGUUAGGUUAAGGAUAUCUGGAAAUCAAAAGCAAGAUAUAUAUCGACUGGUUCAAGUUGUUGGCACAAGCAAAUCUCCUGAACCCUAUAAAGUUGGGAAAAAAACAACAGACUUUGUUCUUGAGAUACUGAACUUGGACAAAACUGAAGUGGUAUCCAUUGACAUUAUAUCAAAUCAAGAUUUUACUGAGGAUGAAUGUAAGCGUCUAAAGCAGAGCAUAAAAUGUGGAUUAAUCAACAGGCUGACAGUGGGUGGUAUACAAGAAAAGGCCAUUGCACUGCAGGAAGUGAGAGUAAAAAACGUAACCCAGGCGGUGAAUAANGAUCGUGCUAGUGACAUGGGCCGCAGAAAAGAGCUACGAGAAUGCGUGGAGAAACUGCAACUGUUAAAAUCUCCAGAGGAACGGCAGCGCNAAAAGGCGAAANAAAUUCCAGAAAUACAUGCUGAUCCCAAAAUGGAUCCAGAUUGUGAAUCGGAAGAUGAAGAUGAAAAAGAAGAAAUGGAAAAAGAGAAACAACUGAGGCCGCGAAGCAGUAGCUUUAACAAAAGAGGAAGGGAUCCAAUAUCUCCACGAAAGGGAGGAUUUAGUUCCAAUGAAUCAUGGACUGGCACAAGUAACUACUCAAAAACAAGUGCAAAUCGUGAACUAAGCAGAAGUUAUUCGGGUAGGGGUUCUAAUGGUAGAGGGGAUUAUCUUGGUAGUUCUGACGACAUGGUUAGUGAAAAUAUGUGGCCAUCAGCUAGAGAAAGAGAAGUGCAACCAUCUUUAGGCUCUGAGAAGCCAAGAUCUGUUUCAAUUCCUGAAACUACUCCUAGAAGUUCUCGUGCUGUUGCGCCACCGGAAUUAUCUCCUAGGAUUGCGCCUGAAAUUCCAACGGCACCCCCUGCUGUUGUUCAGCAGCCUGUUUCCAAGUCAAAUGAGUCAGAGAAAAUAUGGCAUUACAAGGACCCUUCUGGUAAAGUUCAAGGACCUUUUUCGAUGGCGCAGCUCCGUAAAUGGAACAACACUGGGUACUUCCCUGCUAAGUUGGAAAUCUGGAAAGCGAAAGAGUCACCGUUGGACUCUAUUCUCCUGACUGAUGCAUUAGCUGGACUAUUUCAGAAGCAAGCCCAGGCGGUGAAUAAUAGCUAUACGAAAACUCAGGUAGCAGCUUAUUCUGGUCAAUCAAGCCAAUCUGAUUCCAAUUUAGGUUCUACUGCUAGGACUGCUCCAACCAUUGAGAUUCCUAGCAAUUCCCAAGAUACUUGGAGUCAAGGUGGUAGUCUUCCAUCCCCUACUCCAAAUCAAAUCACUACUCCAACAGCAAAAAGGCGAAAUUUUGAGAGCAGAUGGUCUCCAACCAAGCAUUCUCCACAGUCACCUAAUCAGUUGAUGAAUUAUGCGGUAGCACAAUCUGGACAGAGUCAAGCUUCUAGGAUAGAUAUCCCUGUGGUUGUAAAUUCUGCUGGUGCUCUACAACCUCAAACGUACCCUAUUCCAGCAUCAGACUCGAUUAACGCUUCUGUUAUUCGCCCUGCGGCUCUUCCAUCUCCAACACCAGGAGGUGGAAAGCAAAGCUGGGGGAGCAUGCAGACAGAUCAUAGAGGAAGUGAUGCUCUCUCUUCUCAGAAUAGUUCUACGUCUUAUGGCACCACAAUUCCUAGUGUUCUUCCGUCACAGAGUCAACCAGGCUUUCCUCCAUCUGAUUCUUGGAAGGUUGCAGCUCCAAGCCAGCCGAAUCCACAGGCUCAAACUCACUGGGGUAUGAACAUGGUGAACAACCAAAACUCAGGACAACAUCAGGCUCCAGCAAACCAGAAUAGCAGCUGGGGUCAAGGGACCGUAAAUCCAAACAUGGGAUGGGUUGGUCCUGCUCAAGCUGGAGUGAAUGUAAACUGGGCUGGAUCUUCUGUUCCGUCGACUGGUCAGGGAAUCCCUAAUUCUGGCUGGGGCGGGCCUGUCCAAGGACAACCACAAGCUUAUCCAAACCCAGGGUGGGGUGUUACAGCUGUCCCGCAAGCUCAAGCUCAAUCACAAGCUCAAGUUCAAGCACCAGUGAGUACCACGGGCGCGGGAUGGAUUCAACCAGGUCAAGGGAUGCAGUCUGGGAACAACAAUCAAAAUUGGGGAACACAACAUCAGAUGGCGAUCCCAAGCGGUGGGUCAGGAGGGAACCAAGCCGGUUACUGGGGAAACCAACAGAACCAGAAUGGAGAUUCUGGGUAUGGUUGGAACAGGCAGUCAAGUGGAAGUGGUGGGCAGAACAACAACUUCAAGGGGCAAAGAGUGUGCAAAUUCUUCCGUGAAAAUGGACAUUGUAGGAAAGGAGCAUCCUGCAAUUACCUCCACAACUAAAAAAAAAGCUUCUCUCUCUGCUUUUGGAUGAUGUCUACAUCCUUCAAAAAAAAAAAGCAGCUUUUAGGCGUUUUUAGCCCAUAUAGUUUUUUUUUUAUGCACUACAGUCUUUUGUUGGGAGCCUUUAACUCAGAAGUAGCUAACAUGUUUUUCUUUAUUUUUGGGGGUUUAGGGCUUUGUAGUAUUUAAAUAUUUGUGAUAGUGAAUGAUGAUGAUAGUUUAUAUCCUCUUGCAUAUAAUAUUUGCUAGGCCAAACAAUAUGAUGUAUGUAUAUACUCGAAGUCUCUUUCUUUUGAGCAGAGCUUC